GUGAUAGGGGUGGUUUUCGAAGCGCUGAACACCGAAGAACGACUACGGAACCGAGUGUGCAGAUACCGCGCAACGUCAGUGUCACACUAAAAUGUGACUCGACGGAACGAGGACACAACCGAAUUCCAUUAGUUUAGGAUAAACUAAAGUAAAACAAAAUUAAAUAAAAAAUAUAAAAAAUUAAAAGAAAAAAAAAUUAACAAACCAAAAAAUAUAUAUACGUAUAUAUAUAUACUCACACACAUAUAGUGCGGGAAACUGGAUUAAUAUCGUCCAUAUUUAAAUAUAAUAUACAGAGAUAUAUAAAUAAUCUCAAGGUAUAUUGUCUCAAACAAAGACGUACAUACAUAUCAUUUUAUCCUAGUUGCAAAGAAUAAAAUACUAAUAUUAACUAAAGAAAAAAGAAACAAGUGAAUAAAUAAAAAGACUUUAUUCUCGCCAGAAGAGAGAACCGUUGACAAAGAAAGCGAGUAAAGGAGAAAUAUUGAAUAAAAGAGAAAUAUACUAUACACAUAGGUAUAAUUAGAUAAGACAUUUAAUUACAAUUAUACGAUAGAGAAUAUUGACUAUAAAAAAAAAGAAAAUUUACGAAGAGAAAUUACGUUUUCGUGGGGGCAAACAGAUGGCUGAUUAAUAAAUUGUACAGUGAUACGAUAAAGCGAUUAAAAUUUUUGAUUGAUUUAUCGAAGAAAAAAGAAGAAAGAAGAUUUUUGAAAAAGAUAUAGAAAAAAAAAAAAAAAAAUAUCUAUCUGUGAAUUUGUGUUGCGCCGAUUGGGGAUCAGAAAAUUCGAAAAAUGAAACUGGAAAUGAUGAACAAGGAGCAGAGCCUGCAGUUGUUCGGAAAACUCAUACGGACGAAAAACAUCGAUGGUCUUCAGGGCGAUCAGGGAAAACCAGGACCUGAACCGGCCGAACCGCCUGACUCGAAACAGAAAUUACAGAAGUGCCUGACUACUCUGGACCUGACCUCCCUCGGCGUCGGUUCCUGCGUGGGCACCGGGAUGUACCUCGUCGCCGGGAUGGUGGCACGAAACGUCGCCGGUCCCGGCGUUGUCGUUUCAUUUAUCAUUGCCGCAAUCGCCUCGAUAUUCUCCGGCGCGUGUUACGCGGAGUUCGGGGUGAGGGUACCGCACACAUCCGGUAGCGCUUACAUGUACAGCUACGUGACUGUCGGCGAAUUGAUCGCCUUCAUCAUCGGUUGGAAUAUGGUGCUCGAGUACCUGAUCGGCACCAGCGCCUGUGCGUGCGCCCUUAGCGCCUGCUUGGACGCAUUGGCGAACGGCGCGGUCUCUGGGGCGAUCGCCGGCAGCGUGGGAACUUUCUUCGGUCACCCGCCCGAUUUCCUGGCCUUUCUGAUAACCAUGCUGAUGGGUAUGCUGUUGGCAGCCGGUGUCAAAAAGUCGCUGGUAUUCAACAACGUUUUAAACGCUGUCAAUCUCGCCGCAUGGGUAUUCGUGAUGACUGCCGGUCUUUUCUACGUCGAUACGAGUAACUGGUCGGAACACAAGGGAUUUUUACCGUACGGAUGGAGCGGAGUAUUUACCGGUGCUGCGACGUGUUUCUACGCCUUCAUAGGGUUCGAUAUCAUAGCGACGACCGGGGAAGAGGCGACAAAUCCCAAACGCAGCAUCCCUCUGGCCAUAGUAUCCUCAUUGGUCAUCAUACUAAUCGCCUACGUGACGAGCAGCAUGGUUCUCACCUUGAUCGUCCCGUACGACCAGGUCGACCAAGAUUCCGGUCUGGUGGAAAUGUUCGGCCAAGUGGGCGCGUACAAGUGCAAGUACAUAGUGGCGGUUGGUGCCUUGGCGGGAUUGACGGUUUCGAUGUUCGGCAGUAUGUUCCCGAUGCCGAGAAUAGUCUACGCCAUGGCUCAGGACGGUCUGAUAUUUCGGACGCUGAGUCACGUGUUGCCGACAACCGGAACGCCGGCACUGGCGACAUUCGUUUCCGGACUGUGCGCGGCAUUCGCCGCUUUACUUAUCCAGCUGGAAGUGCUCGUGGAGAUGAUGUCGAUAGGUACUCUGCUCGCUUACACGCUGGUCUCCACCUGCGUGCUGAUUCUGAGGUACCAGCCGCAUUCCACGAAUCUCGUCGAACUGCUCCCUCAAAGUCUCCGAACACCGUGCAGAUCGCCUACGAAAGAUACGCAAGCGAACGGUCAAGUUUCCUACGGGAAAGAUCUCAGGCCCGAUCAACUGGCGACGUCGCUGAACGCGGUGCCCGGACCGCAACCGGAACCGGUACAGGGAAACAACCAACGCGUUAUGGUUCGCCGGAUUACCAGGAGGUGCAACAGCUCGUCUCCGGAUUCCGACGAUACUUACGGCGGAGAAGAGGACGACGUUGGUAUGGGAAAAGACGAUCAGUAUCUCGUCAGCGAUCGUACGGAAAAUAAAUUUUAUGGGAGCGUUCACGCGGCCGCUGCAGCUUCCAGUUGCGGUAGCAGUCAUCAAUAUCCAGGAAACACGCCGAUUAUCGGUCCACCGUUGAGCUACUUGCAACGACGACUUCAGGCAGCCCAAUACCUUUGUCCAGCGAUAUUCCCUUGGGUUGACCGAGGGCCUGCGACGGAAGCAUCUGGACGUUACGUUAUGAAAAUGGUCGGCGUGCUUUACCUGCUUAUCCUGAUCUUCGAUUUGAUCAUCGUUUGCGGAAUGGGAAAUAUGGGGACUUUCGUAACGAUAUUGACGUUUCUAUUGCUCUUCGCGAUCAUCGGAGUUCUGCUGGCGAUCAGCAGAAAACCACAAAACAGGAAUACGCUCAUGUUCAUGACUCCUGGUCUGCCGUUCAUUCCCGCGAUCGCUGUCACGGUGAACAUAUACCUAAUAUUUAAGCUCAACAUCCUAACAUUGGUCAGAUUCGCUAUUUGGAUGACUCUAGGUUUCGUAAUGUACUUCUACUACGGUAUAAAGCACAGUAGUUUGGAGGAGCAGGAAAACAGCGAGCAUAACGCAGAGCAUGGGACCUCAGAUUCGGUCGGAGGAAAUAUAGAGUUGAAGGUUACCGACCACCAAAAACCAUCGAGUUUCUCGUACACGAAUUCCGGUACGGACCAUGGUUACUACGGGGGUCAACAGCUCGAUGCCUUCGGUCAGCCACUUUUUGGCAGUACGAAUUUCGGCGGCACACCGAGUCACGCUACGAAUACAAGCGGUAGCGCCGCGCAAGCUCGCGAUCAAAAAACCGCUUCAGGAGAAGCAAAUGUCCUUUUCGUUUCGGAACAGGCAUUCCCGACCUGGGACGACUAGAAGGUUGUGUUUUAUAGCUUAGACUAACAAUAAAACUGAUAAGAGAAAAACCCAAAAGAACUUCAGCGAGAGAUGGAAUAGAGUAUUUUUGGCUUCUUUCGGAAAUUGCAGAUUUAUGGUACAGUAUAAUGGACUUAUACUUACGUGGACGGUGACAAUGGAUAUUUGAUUCUCCAAUUGAAUUUGAAUUUGGGGGACAACAUAGUCCGAAUGUUAUAUUAUAUGAUUGCCAGAUGAUUGAUCUGCUGCUGUGAGUUUUGGCCGGACCGAUUUGAAAUGCUCAAAAAUUAGUAAGAAUCUAUUUAUUUAUAAUUAUUCAAUUAUUUUCGUUGUUAUUAAACGCGACGAAGAGCCGGUUUAGGGGUUGAAAAAACUAAGGAGGCUGGAGGGCGGUUUUUCUGCAAUAUUCCGAAAGGUGAUUUGUUGAAUAUUGUAAAAUUGUAUCGUUGAAGAAAAAAAACGUAGCAAAUAAUGGCGGCAAUAUUUAUUAUUCUAACUGUAUACAACUGUUGACUAUGAGAUUAGUUGGAAAAGUUCCAUGAAACGGAGGCUACUUUGAAACAAGAAUAUAUAUAUAUACUCAUAUACCUACACAUAUACAUACAUGAAUUAUCGAAUGAACGGAGCAAAAGGAUUGAAUCCAAUAAUUAUUAUACCGAGAAGCGACCACUUGUAAUAAACUAACAAUAAGAUGAAUUUCAGUUUUCCAUACACGUGCGCACUUUUAAUCCUGCAAUCAUAAGUCGACUAAGAAACAGGUAUUUAACGGAUGGUCAGAAAAAAAAAAAAACAAUUAAUAGGAGCAGUUUAAUCUCGCCUAAAUCUAGUCUUUCCCUAAUCUUAAUAUCAUGUAAUCCUAGAUUUAAGCUUAUACUAUAACAUACAACAUCGUCUAAGUCAUUACCAUAAAAAUACGCAUUAAUUCACACAAUUUGUAUAAAUUAAUUAUUGUUAUCCUCAUUAUCAUUACUGUUAUCGUUAUUAUGAUUUUCGCCUAUAUGUCGCUCCAAAAAACAGUUUAAAACUGAUUGAAAAUUUUAUCCACGUAAUAUUUACUACUUUUAAUAUUUACAUGUAACAUACAUUAUAUUAUAUUCAACGUAUCUUCGGUUAACUGUUGACACGUGAGACUGUAGGGAUGGAAUCUUUCCAUUCAGUAUCUUGAACCAUUCCACAACAUAUAUUUGCUUUUGCAACGAAAGCAGAUGAAUAACUUUCACGCGAUAACAUCUGAUCGAUCUGGUAUCGAUCAUAUUUUACUCCAAAAAUAUUCCGAAAUAUUUGUGCUUCAGAUAAAUCCGUAUUCAUAUAUUAUAUCGUACAAUAUACUUUUUAAAAAUCUAUAUAUUGUGUUACCAGGUUUUAUUAUAUUAACAUCAUCGACAGGGCCAGUGCGAACUUCAAAGGUUUUAUUAUUUUCCAGAUAAUAUAAAUGUUCAUCAUCACCCGGCAAUUGCAUGUAUAUUAACGAGGUACGCGAAUAAUAUUAACGUUUAGAUUUAAGAGUGAUUCGACGAAUAAAAUAAUAACAAUAAUAAUUGCAAUUCUAAAAGCUUGCCAACAGGUACAGCAAUUGAUUCGUUGUUUUUGGGAUAACAUACAUGGAGAUCAAUGUUGAUUACGGAUACGAAUUUUACCAGUUCUUUUGCGUUUUGAUUGCUGAAUGAAAAAAAUUUUACAUUUCACGAGCGUACGUUCCACGCGCUUAUUUACAGCGUUAAAUUAACGAUCAUUGAACAGGCGUAUAAAUAGAAAACAUAUAGUAUACAUAACAUUGCAAUCGACGCGUUAUGUGCAAUAAAAGUUAUGCAGCAAAUAAAACCGAAAAAUUAACAACCGAAAAAAUACAUAAAAAUGUACAUGAUAUAAUUACAAGAUAUCAAAACACGGAUGAAAUAAUUAUAUCCGAAAUCACUGCGAUUUAUAAAAAGCACAUAUGCAAGGCAUCACGUAGAAUAAAAUGAGAUUGUAUAAAAUUUGAAGUGCAGAAAUAUUUCAAUGAAAACAACGUGUUUCGAAAAUCAGCCGUCGCAAUUUUUUAAUCGGAUUGAAAAAUUUUAAAUCUUAGGUUUAAGCUGUUGUUCAUUAGCGCGUUAGAGUCACAAUAUAAUAUGCAUACAAUCGUUCACAGGAGGAUUUUUCCAAACACGCAUGACAUCAAAUUACGAAUAAACUUAAUCGAUGAAUCAAUUCCUAAUGAAUUUUGGCAAAAAACAACAAAUCACUCGAUUAUAUACAUACGUCUCCUGUCUUGAUUCUUUUAAUUCUUUUUUUUUAUCCACACUUCCAUAAACAAAAUGUUGUUAUUGCAGUUAACAGACUGAUAUUGUCUAACAUCAUCCUGAUGUCUACGCAUGUAUGCAUAAUUAAUUACCUGAUAUUAUUAAAUAUUAAUGAUAAAUUGUUGAGUAUUUUGAAUGCACAUCUUUACAAGUUGACGAUUGAAAAUGAUGUUAUAUUGAAUAUAUCUUACUAAGGAAAACUCGUACGAAAAGGAAAGCUACUGUUUUGAAAAAGAUAAAUAUGAACAGAAAAAAAAACUCGAAAAAGUAUAGAUGACAAAAAGAAAACCAACUACCAAAAAAAAAAGACAAAAGUAAAACAUAAUUCUGUGAAAUUUUUGAAAACCAUAUCACAGCUUAUCGAGAUCGAGCUAUAAUACGUACAUUGUAAUAAUAAUAUUAAUAAUAGUAAUAAUAAUAAUAGUCAUAAUUAUUAUAUUAAUAACAAUGAUAUAAAUACUAUAACUAUGAUAGGUAAUAGCAAAUACUCCUUUCUCUGUAUGACGUAUAAUUAUUUGAAAAUUUCUCGUAGUUACAAAUCGUAGUUCAAGUUUAGCGUAUUUAUAGCUUUAAUUUAGUUGAAGAGAAACUGAUAUAAGAAAGAAAAAAAAAGAAAAAAAAAAGAAAACUCGAAAGACAAAAAAAAAUACAAAAAAUAACUGAAAUUUCCAUUCGUAUAAGUGUCCAUAAUGUCGAUCAUAGAGCCAAUAUUGUUAGAUUCUUGAUCUCCACAAUGAAGACUAAGCAUAGAUAUUUAUUAUAUUAAUAAGGAAGGGAUAAGAAUAAAUUGAAACGAAAAAGUUAGCAAGAAAAAAUGACGACAUUCGAGCAAUAUUUCAAGCGUGCUGAGAAUUAUAUAGUCGUUGUAUACACUAAUUCAUUCAAUACUCUUGUAAAAUAUUAUUAACACUAUAUUAUAUAAAUAUAGUAUAUUAUACAUUAUUAUAUUAUAUAAAGUUUCCGGAAUUCACCGACGUAAUAAUUAUGAUGGUUAUUUUUUUGUUUCCAAUUUUAAUUCUUCUUAUGAAUAGCGAUAUCUCGUUGAUACAAUUAAAACUUACGAUAAACGGUGAAGGCGUAAUACGUUAUACUUCAACAAGAACAGUGCCUGUACCCCAGACGCUAGCCAGAGGUCACUAGAUUCCUUUGAAGAUCCACAAUAAAAAUAGAAGAAAAAGAAAGAAUUCUCUGUAGUCAGAAGCAAAAUAGAUGUAUUUUCUAAAAAAAAAAAAAAAAUAAAAUAAAUGUGAAACAAAACUUCUGCAGUUUACAAGCAAAGAAGGUCGAUGAAAAGUGUUAAUUUUGAAGUUGCUUUUCAGAAUGAAGGAAGAUGGUCGAUACCACAGUUUGUUAAAAGGGAAUGAAAGUUUUUCGGUAUCUUCUUCGCUCGAAAUUGCAGAAGAAGGCGUCGUAGACGACGUCGUCGACUUUGCGAAUCGGAUGAUAUUGAGCUAUUUAAAUAUUUAUAACAUAUAAAUAAAUUAUAACACAAAUAAGGAAAAUUAAAGAACAAGAGUGAGAGAGAAAUGCAGUAUGUGUCGAAAUAAAAAUAAUUUCGCGAUGCAAAAUUACGCGCGAUUUUUGACUCGAUUAACAAAUUUGAACGUCGCAUCUGCUUCGCUGUUAAAUUGAAGUUUUGAUUUUCACGUUAAUUAUAUAUAUACCUACAUUAUAUAUGUAUAUUUAAUCUAUAUACUAUUCCAAUUUCUCGCAAAAGUUAAAAGAAAUAGAAGAAAAAAGAAGAGGAAAAUUUGCAAAACAAAAAAAAAAGAAAAAGAAAUUAAAUUAUUGCAACGUGAAAAUAGGUAAUAAAAUUGCACCAAAAAUUAUUAUUAUUAUUAUCAUCAUCGUUAUGGUAGAUGACCAAUUGUCGUGUAUAGGCGAACAAUCUACGGGAAGAAUAUUUCAACUCUUUGCUUUUUUAGUUAGAGUUUCAAAUUCUUAGAUAGGAGGAAAUGGCCUAUUAUACUAACAUAUAUAUGUAUAUACAGGGUGUCUUACUAUAUCGUAGAUAUAUCUUACUUACCGUAACAAAACUUGAUUACUGUAACGAUUCCUAAAUUUAUUACGAUCAAAACCCGAUUCACUCAAACACGAUGUGUAAAAUAGGUACAGACAUAUUCAUACGAUUAUGAAAUUCUUGGUCAUUUUAUUUUAUUUUUCAUUUUCCGAUUAAUAAUUUAACUACAUUACCUAUGUGGGACACCGUGUGUAUAUACCGUAAUGAAUGUAUUUUGAAAUAACCGCAACUCAAUUGGCGAUUGGAAUAAAAAAUUUGCUAGAGUUAUAGUUAAUUCAAAGGCACAUUGAGACGAAAAGCAUCUUCCAAUUAUAAAAGAAAAAAAAUGAAUAAAAAUAAAAAACAAACCAACAAAAAGAAAACAAAAAAUGAAAUUGAAUAAAUAAAUAAAUGACGUAUAUAUAGUAAAAGGAGAAAGCAUCGAAAGAAAAAGAAGAGAACAUGGAGGUGGAAAUUAUAAAUGAACAACCAAAGAAAACGAGAGAAUGAAUCUAUGAAUAAAUAAAUGAAUGAAUUAUAAAGAAAACUAAAAAAAAAAGUUUCUAUCUAACUGGUUGUUGUUAGACACGUUUAAUUUCAUAUUAUAUAUAAAAGCGAGAAUAUAUAUAUUACAAACUUUUACUGUUAUAAUUAUAUCUAUUUGCAUAAUUACUAUUUGUAUUACUUCGCGAAAAAGGAAAAGAGAAUAAAAAACAAAUAAAUAAGCAUACGAAAAUGGGUGAAGAAGAAAUAAGCGAAAAAUUGAAAAACUAAAUUCCAUAACAUAGUAACGUCAUGAUGAACGCGUUGUACACCAAAGAAAAAUUUUAUUGCGAGGCAAAUAUACUUAAAAGUAUACACAAAGAUUAAAUACCUACCUUAUUAUACCUAAUAUAUUAUAUGUUCUGCCAUAUAAUAAAGCUUACGAUCGAUAUUAUAUAUGUAUAUAUAUAUAUACAGUGCGAUUCUGUUGAAAGCGGUUGCGAUCAACGCAUGCUCGAAAUAUUUGAAUUUCUCGGUCUACGAGCGAGCCCGAAGCCUCGCUGAAGUCGGCGUAGCCACAGGCGUAGGAGUCUUGUUGUGAUCUGCAGCCCUCAAGGUGACACUCCACAAUAAACUGCCUACGCUGGUGGGUACGCUGACUUCAACGCAGCUCGGGUUCGCUCGAAGAACAAGAAAUUCGAAUAUUUCAACGCAGGCGUUGAUCGCAACCCGUUUCACCGGAAUCACACGGUAUACAUAUUAGUCUGGGCCAAAAUAAUCGACUAUUCUUGCAAUCAUGUUUUCUGACUUUCGAUUUUUGUAACUACCGCUAAUAACAAUAUUUAAAUAAAUAUAAUAUAUAUUCUGGAGGGAAAUUCGACGCGCUACAAGAAAGCUCUCUUAACAUUUGUCAUUAAAUUCACUCCUUUAAAAGUUAUUCAAUAUUGAAGUUGAAUUCAAAUGUAAUCUAUUGCCCUUUAUAGCGUUGGACUCAAUUUUUGGCUAUUGGAGUUAGCUAAAUACAUCGAGAAUGAAUUUUAUAAUCAAUAAAUUAUGGAUUUUGGGAAAAAAAUGCAGUGAUCCGACAAAAAACAACAUUUAAGUCCUAAAUUUUCCAAUCAAAUGAAAAAAAUUAAGUCUGACCCUAAAAAAGCAAUGGAUUAUACUUUUGAAUUCAACUUCAACAUCGAAUAACUUUUAAUAGAGUGAAUUUAAUGAAAAAUGUUAAGAGACCUUUAUGGUAGCGCAUCAGAUUUUCUUUAAGAAAACGUAUUUUAUUUAUUUAGAUAUCGUUAUCAGCGGUAGUUACAAAAAUCCAAAGUCAAACAACAAAAUUGAGAAAAAUAGUCGAUUUUGUUAGCCCACUCUAAUACAUGUUUGCGGAGCAAUGGGUGGCAAAAGGGGGGAGGGGGAAUCAGAGAUGGAAAUUGGAUAGAAUCGAUUCGCAUUUUGUGCAUUAUAAUAUAACAAGUCAAGGAAUAUAAUCAUAAUAGUAUGUAAAUGUCGUUCGAAAUUUUGGAGAGGUAUAUAAUUGAAAAUGAAUCGACAAAAAAACCAUUAAAAAAAGAAGAUAGACAAAAAAAGGGAUACAAUAUGAAGAGAAAACGAAACAAAAACAAAUUAAUAAGAGAGAAAGAAAUUAAAAAAAAAAGAACAAAAAAACUAAGAGAGAAGAAGAGGAUAUAUAGAAUUUUACAUGUAAAAUAUAUAUAUACCCUGUGUAACUACGUUAUUUAAUAUCAAUAAGGGUGAAAAUAAAAAUGAUUAUUGAAAGACUA